AUGUCUUGCUUUAUGUGAAGAUAAGACCAUGGAUGUGCAUUUUAAACUCAAGUUUCUGGGAGGGCAUAUGAACUCCAAAAUCAGUGGCGGGUCUGAAAGGGACCAAAGAGGCGUAGCAUCUACCGCCCUACCAAGGGCCAGUGGAACAUAGCAGGGCAUUGCAGGAGGCAAAGUUCGAGGGGCCGUCAAUCUCAAAAGUUUGAGAUGCUCUAACAUACACAUCCAAUCCCAUGUCUCGUCUGCCCUAUCGAACGAUCCAAAGAUUAUCAUCGAUUGUUUUGUUUUAAGUCUGCACUUCCUGGGUAGAAUAAGCUAGAAUCAUUUACUACUAUCAUUGAACAAACUCAACUCUUUGUGAGCUUGAAACUGACGUCUAAGUUUUUCUAACACAAACGUGCCACAUAAUGACCAUUAACUUGCAACUGGCAGUUAUAGAAACCAAGUUCAAAUGGAAUGCAUGUUGACCUUAUAUAAGCUAUAUAAAUGUGCCAACUACUACGGGAUCCCCUAUAUCAAAAUUCUUGCUUUUCACAAGGGUUGCAAACGAACAGUUGAGUUGAGCUUUGUCAAGCUCGAAAUCGGCUCAUUUGUUAACGACCGAGCCUUUUACAAGCCAAGCCCGGUUUAUUUAUUUAGUGAGUCUAUACAAUUGAGCCGAGCUUUAGAGUGUUGAGCUUGGCUCGUUUACGACACGAGCCUUAACGAGCAGAACCUCGAGACUCUCGCAUAGAAGUGAGAGUUGAAGCUCAAAGAUGUGAAAUAGCAGAGGGGGUUAUAUAACUCUUGUACAUAACUCUUGUAUUAAUUAGGUCAUAAAUAAAAUAGUCAUUACUCAACAUGUACAAGCACCCCAAAUGCAAAACUUUUUCUUCUUUGUUUCUCAAAUGAGGGUCAACACCUUUAAGCUUCCCAACAGAUACAUUUACAAACUCAAACCCCACAGAAAGGCAAUCCUUCUUCUGAUCCCAACCCUAAUUUUUCUCACCUUCAUUCCUCUUGACUAUUUCCAUCACAAUUUGUUAGCCCGAAAAUUGCGAUUAGCACCGCCGUGUUGGGUGGUCAAUUCUAACGACACCGCAAGAGCGGGAUUAUCGCAUAAAUGCGAUGUGUUUAGAGGGAAAUGGGUGCCAUAUCCCAAAGGGCCUUAUUACACAAAUGAUAGUGCAUGUGUGAUUCAAGAUGGCCAGAAUUGUGUGAGAUUUGGAAGGCCAGAUGCAGAGUUCAUGAAGUGGAGGUGGAAGCCAGAUGAGUGUGAGUUACCACUGUUUGAUGGGGCCCAGUUCUUGGAGAUUGUCAAAGGGAAGUCCAUGGCCUUUGUUGGGGACUCAGUUGCAAGAAAUCAAAUGCAGUCACUGGGUUGCCUCUUGAGUAGUGUUGCAACUUAUGUGGAUGAAUCAAGCACAAAAAGUGAUCGAGGAUUCAGGCGCUGGCUCUACACAGAUUACAAUUUCACCCUAACACUUAUGAGGACAACUCAUUUGGUUAAAGCCCGCGGAGUGGAAAAUUACCCAAACAACCCCAUAGACCUCUACUUAGACGAGGUCGAUGAUUCUUGGGCAAAUCUAGCUGGAGAUUUUGACUACAUAAUCAUCUCUUCUGGGCACUGGUUUUCGAAGCAAUUGAUGUACUAUGAGAAGGGCAAGGUUGUUGGCUGCAGCUUGUGCCAGCAAAAUAAUGUGAAGGACCUCACCAUGUAUUAUGGAUACAGGAUGGCAUUCGAGACGGCAUUCAGGGCACUUCUAGAUCACCAAAACUUCAAGGGGACAGUACUUCUGAGGACAUUUUCGCCGGCACACUUCGAGGCGGAGGAGAGGGAAGGGAGAGGGAAUUGCGUGAGAACAAGGCCAUUUACGAAGCAAGAAAUGAAGUUCGAUUGGUAUAUUUGGAUGCUACGCAUGAUUCAGCAAGACCAAUUACGGGCGGCAAAAAGGGAAGGAAGGAGGGAAAGGGGAAGGAGAUUGAAAUUCAGGUUAUUGGAUGUGACUGAAGCUAUGAGGCGGAGGCCUGAUGGGCACCCGAAUCACUACGGGCACCCACCGGAGAAGAAGAAGCCUGUUGCCGAUUGUCUCCAUUGGUGCUUGCCUGGACCCAUUGAUUUGUGGAAUGAGCUCUUGCUUCAUAUGUUGAAGAUUGAAGAUGGUGAAGGUGAAGGCCUCAAAUGAUUGCCAUUAGAUUCUGCUAUUGUUUUCCUGUUUUUUGUUUUCAAAUUUUUUGAGUCGCAAUAUGUAUGGGCUAGACUUAUCAAGUGAUAUCAUCUCCCACUUUCAUGCUUUGAAGGAAGUGAUAUAAGCCCUGCAGGCAUGGGCGGGCUUACCAUGGGGCACGUGCCCCCAUUCGAUUCCAUGAAUUUUUUUCAAUUGGUCUUCUCUCUAAUUGGAUUUAGGGCUGCCGAGUGUAGUUCAUGUACAUUUGGAGGCCCUCUCGAUGA